AUGGGUUCCCCAAAUGAAGCGACGCUCUCCGGCAUGCCUUCUGAGCUGCAGGUGAGAAUCAUGGGAGAACUUGAUAUCGACUCGGUGCGGCGACUCUCUAUUACCAAUAAGCGCUUGCGUGAAGUGUGUCGCACCCACGAAAAAUACAUCAACUUCACGAUCCUCCAAAAUGUAAUCAAUUCACUCCCAAAGGGAGUUCGACCAUUUGCCGUAGCCCUUUACGCUGCCAACCACACCGAUUGGAAGGCACAGUGGCCCCUACCAAGCCUGCCAGAACUUUAUAACAACAUUCACACGUUCGGGCGUCGAUACCUUGACCGCAACAAUUGGCGCCUACCGAUUGAAAGAAAGGAAGCUACCCUCAAACUAGUUUCAGAGAUGAUUCCAGAGAUCCUUAGCUUUCACGCUAUUGUCGAAGAGUGGACUCUCAAGUUUAUGAACUUGUCGCUUUCAAAAGUCGAGCGCCACGAAGGGCAACCCCCUAUGGCGCCUCCCUCGAUAUCCGAGAUUACGAGGAUUCAGCAGGCGUUUUAUAUCAGAGAAAUUGCUAGAGAGCUGUUCCCCUUCUUCAUUGGCGAACCUGGUCCGGAAGGAGUGAAUGAUAUGCCGUUCGAUAUGUUCUGGCACUACUUUGCCCCUUGGGAAAACCAGAUUGUCGCGGGUAUUGACGAAUUCUUUCAUCUCCGGUACAACGAGAUAUACCUUGCUGGUGAACUAUCUCCUACUCCCCAAGGGUGGGAGGCGGAGAACUACGACGACUUCGUAAAUGAGUUAGGAGGCUGGUUCAUCAAAUACGGAUUGCGUCAUCUCCAUGAAAUCAAUGAUUGGGAUACUUUAAUUAACUCAAUGAAGGAGAUGUUCGAGGAGGACGAACAGUAUGAUCCCCGUCCGUUCCGUAAAAUACACUACAGCGUUAAUAUUUGGGCGGGCUGUACAUGGCUAAGGCCUACUGAACACGAUAUCACCAUUCGAACUCUUGGUAUCGACCACUUAAUGCAAAGGUUCACGCCAGGAGACAGUGGUCCAAUCGACAGUUGGUUCUUCCACUUCGUUUACGAGUCGACGACAGAGUCUCCUCUGAUACAGUUUCCUACAUUAGCAGAUACUGAUAGUAGGUGGUGGGAUCGUGCUCGAAUCGAAGCCACAUUUCCGAAUGCCAUGCCAACCAUGGAGGAUAUUCAAAUUAAGGGAACGGUCGAGAAAGCGGGUACUUACGACGCUGGACCAUAUGUACUCUCCAGCGAUCCGGACUUUUGCAAAGAAAUAGGGUACUAA